AAAAUAGGCGCGGAGCCACAGACCGAGCAGAAGGAGACAGUCAGGAAACGUCGGAUCAUCAGUGGACAUACAGUGAGAUCAGGACUUUGGAGGAAGAGCCAAACGCAGACAACUUUCUCCAGAGCACAUGUGUAAAGCGAUGUUACAACGGACCGGCCCCCAGCUGCUUCUCCUAAUAGCCCUAUGCAGUGUGUUGUACUCCCGGACUCUGAGUCUGCCAUACACAUCCAUGAGACCGACGAGACACGCAGACGGUCUGUUCACCAGCGGAUACAGCAAGCUCCUGGGGCAGCUCUCAGCGCGGAGGUACCUGGAGUCUCUGAUCGGGAAGCGGGUCAGUGACGAGCUGAUGGAGGAGCCAGUCAAGCGUCACUCAGACGCCAUCUUUACAGACAACUACAGCCGCUUCCGCAAACAGAUGGCCGUCAAGAAAUACCUGAACUCAGUCUUAACGGGGAAGAGAAGCCUGGAGGACCCUGGAGCCAGCGACGUGGAAGAGUCCAGGGACGAACCCAACACCUUCCAGGAGAGCUACGACGACAUCAAUGUAGAUCACCUCCUAAACAACUUUCAACUGCCACUUUGA